GAAUUUUUAAUUUUCAGUUUUUUGGCCUCGACUGUUGGAUAUGCAAGAAGAUUGUACGAAACAAGGAGGCAUGACUUAUUUUUAUUCAGGGGCCAAUCAGUCAUACACUUACUAUGCUAUAUCCAACCCUAAUGACUGUGAAAAAGUAGCUAAUUCGUGCACGGAAAAAGUUUUUCUACUCGAGGAUUCUUUGCAAGCAUUUUUCGGUCAGGCACUUGCAACUACCACAGUUCCAGACUGGGAGAAGCGUCGCACUCUUAUGGAGCCGAUGUUUGAUGCAGCGUCAGCUCGGACGGGAGUGUGGAACCGACACGCGAAGAUCCUGGUUGAAGAGUUGGAAUCCAAAGUUGGAAAAGGAUUUUUUGAUCAGACGGAAUGCUUACAAAAUGCUGCAAUGGGAAUUUUGCUCAAAUCCACUUAUGGUGACAUUGAAGAUGAGCUGCAAUCUAUAGCAUCCCACAAGACGUGCAUGCAAGAAACAAUGGAUGUUCUUUAUGAACGGCAUCGGUCAUUUAUGAAGCAUAAAACUUUUAUUUUCAGAUUGUCUAGAUUAAAACGGAGACAAGAUGCAUGUGUUAGGACUAUGAAGGCUUUGACUAACGAGCUUAUUACGAUGAAACGAGUAGAGUUCAAGAAAAAAUCAGCAUCAGAGACUUUAUUGGACUUCUUACUGGGGCUGGAAAUUCAAGGGGUCUCCUCUGAAAAGAACACAGUUGAUGACAUUCAUGGAAUUAUUUUUGGCGGUUACAGCACUCUAGUGAAUUCUUUGACUUUUAUAUUAGUCAUGAUUGGAUCCAAUCCUGAAGUGCAGGAACGUGUUUAUACGGAAAUUCAAAAUGUAUUGAGCGAUUCAACACGAGAAGUAAAGAUGGACGAUCUGAAUAAUUUCAUUUAUUUGCAUGCUGUGAUUUUAGAAGUUUUGCGUUUAUAUCCAGUGGUUAGCAUUUUAACAAGGAAAACAAAGAAUUCUAUGGACCUUAGUAAAUACAGCAUCGACCCUGGCAGCAACUGCUUAUUAUUCAUCCAUGCCAUGAACCGCCACCACUCCUGGGGAGCUGAAAGAGAAGCCUUCAAGCCCGAGAGAUGGCUGGAUGGGAGCUCAAGGCCACCGUAUGCUACAUUUGGCUUGGGAAGACGAUCGUGUAUUGGAAUGAAACUAGCCUUAAGCUCGAUGAAAGUCAUCCUGAUCCACCUGCUAAGGGACUACAAAGUGAUUGCUGAUAUAAAAAAGUUGGUGAUCAAACAAGAACUGCUCCUCACACCAGUGUCAGGGCAUUAUAUAGCUUUGGAGAGGCGAUCGAAGACACUUUCAUCAUCAUUUCAGCCACAGGACGUCCACUGCUGAACAUAGGCCUGCUCCAAUGAUUUCCACAUCGCCCGGUUGGUAGCGGCCUGCAUCCAGCGCCUUCCUACUUUCUGAGCUUGUCGGUCCACCUUAUGGGUGGACGUCCCACGCUACGUUUUCCAGUACGUGGUCUCCACUCCAGAUUCUUGCUGCCAGAAGUUACUUUAAUACUAUUUAAAUAAGGCAAGAAGAUGCAGAUAACCGUACGAACAGGUUUCAAGAAAAGGACCUCGGUACCUGGCUAUAUUACUUAGCUCUGUGUAGCUUUUCCACUCAUGACACGGGACUAUUCCCACCUAUUUCCCACCACUGCAACUCCUGCGUAGCCAGGAUCUACAGCUUGACCGCCAAUAAAAACCCAACCAAUAAAGGUCAAGUUUGUCCCGGGGGAAAGUUAAACUGUCAUUGAACCCGCAACGAAAUUAAUCAGAAGAACAUAGGAGGAGUUCGAAGUUAAGGUUCGACUUUCCUCUGUUGCAAAGCGGAUGACAGGUGACAAACAAAGGUUUAGUAACCUUUAUAAAAAGAUAUGCACCACGGACAAUUAAAAAUUAUGGGGGCCUAUCUUAUGAGCUAUUAGCUACCUGCCAAUGACCUCAUGACAGAGCAAAGCUUGACUUCAGAGCUAAGCAAGUUAAAUAAGAUAGAAGUUGCAUUGGUAAACAACAUAUAACCAUAUCGUAUUGUAUUGAGAAACUGACUAAAUUAUAAUAAAUGGGCAUGGUACAAUAUCUUAAUUAAGCAAUCAAUACGGUUGACUAAUAAUAUUUACUUACACAAUUAUGUAAAUAAAGUAUUUAUAACCAA